AUGUUGCCGAUGCAAACGAUUAAUCCAAUGUCGUCGGUUCCAUCGACGUCGCGUGGCAUUCAAGAACGAUGUGAUCUUCGUUUUGAAACAGCAAGACUCUUGACUUUUCGAAACUGGCCUGUAUAUGUUGCCAUUCCCCUUGCAGCAGCAGGAUUCUUUUAUACGGGCACAUCGAAUACAAUCAAAUGUUUCGUGUGUCAAGUGAAGUUAAAUUACCGUUUAGAGCCUAAUACUCCCAUGCAAAUUCACAAGGCAUAUUCACCAGAGUGCGGAUUCGUCCGCAAUCAAAAUUGCGGCAAUGUGCCAAUGAAAAGACAGAGCCGCUUGGGAUCAAGAACAGUCAGCAAAGAAGCAAAUUCGAAAUAUGAUACUUACGAAUCCAGAUUAGGCACAUUCGCAACAUGGCCUAAUACAUAUACAAAAAGUGAAGAAUUAGCCGAUGCAGGCUUCUACUUCAACGGAGUAAAUGAUACGGUUGUCUGUCACCAUUGUGGAAUUGCUAUGGACAAUUGGAGUCCAGGAGAAGACCCGUGGAAUCGACAUGCAAUUUCGUCUCCUGGAUGUUGUUAUACAAUCAAAGCACGGGGUUUGGAAUAUAUUAAGAAUGUAACAGGCCAAGACUUCUACGAAACUCCUACAGAAGCACGAAUAGAAACUACAGUUGGCAAUCAUGAGAGAUCCCAUGAUGAAAAUGAAACUGACGAGAUGACUCUCGUUGAGAAAUGUGCUGCUCUGGAACAAGAAAAUCAGGAAUUGGAGGAUGCUCGAUCGUGUAAAGUUUGCAUGAGACGAGAAGCAACAAUUGCAUUCCUACCUUGCGGACAUCUCGCAACAUGUAAUUAUUGCGCCCCUGCUUUUCUGAAAUGCAUAAUUUGCCGGGAAGAAGUUAAAGCUGUAGUUCGUAUAGCUUCUGCUUAA